AUGCGCUUCAUCGUCGUCACAGCUCUCGCAGCCUUCGCUGCGGCACAAAGCACCACCUCAAUGAGCACCAGCGCAAGCGGCAGCAUGAAAACCUCCACCUCCUCAGCCGCACCCUCUUGCGCAGCAGGUCAAUCAACCUGCAACGGUGUCUGCUUCGACAGCAGCGAGUACACCUGCUGCCCCGCCGGUCUCUGUGCCAGCGGUAGCUACUGUGGCCAAGACAGCUCUGGCAAUGCUGCCUGCUGCGCUCAAAACACUGCUGGAACCUGUUCUGCCGCUUCGUCACCUACAUCCCUUAGCCGUGGUGCUACUGCCUCGUCGGGUGCUGCGUCGGCGACUUCGUCUUCGGCUAGUGGAAGCAAGAGUGCUAGCUCUUCUUCUUCGUCGUCUACUGCUUCUGGCUCGCAAAGCAGUGGAUCGAGCACUGCUACUUCAUCGGGUGCUGCUGCUGGUCGCGUCGACUCUUGGCUUUCGAAUGCCGUCACCUAUGCCGCUGGCGGCCUUGUCGCUGCUGCUCUGAUCUAA